GAAGAAGAAAAUAGAUUAAGUUAGCAGAACGUUGUUAGAGCCACCGCAAAUACUCUGUUUUGCCCUUAUUUACGCAAUACUUCUAUGCCCUCAUAUGUAUGUAAGUGUAAUAGACAAAAAAAUAAAAUAUCAACGGUCCCUGUUCGUCAUAGCGGACCUUAGAGGCGUUCCAGUUAGCUUAACUUGCUAACAGAGAGACGCCGAGGUUAGCGACACGUCGCAACGUCGUCGUAAAAUGUGCACAGUCCAAAUGCUGCGAACGUUGGUGAAGCAGCGACUAAACGUGGCCGUCGAGGAUAUAAUCGAACUGGUUGAGAGAACCAUCACGGAGUACGAGGAGCAACUUUGUCGAAGCAAGAACGAGCAACCACGACAGGGCGAUGUUUCCAAGCCUCCCGUUCCGUUGCCAAAAGCAGGGGUGCAGCAGGUGGAGUGGAAAGAAGGGGUUCCCCCAGAUCAGGGGGAGGAUCCAGCAACGCCCCCCCCACAUUAAAGAAGAAGAGGAGGACGUGUGGAACAGUCAAGCCGUGGAGAAGCUUCUAGGGCUGGGGGAAGCUGAGGUUACCGAGUUCACGUGGACCGGCAUCCACCUUAAAAGUGAAGACGAUGAACGUCAAUCCUCACAGCUUCAUCCCACUCGAAGCCAGCCAAUGAAAGCUGUUGGAGAACAUGUCACUCCACUCUCAGACAUGGAAGUCAUGAUGUCACACUCGUCCGACACCGAUCACAGCGAUGACGACGAAGAAUCUAUAAAGACGCCGAAGAAGUCUAAAGAGAUGCAGCCCACCGACAGCAAACACUUCGACUGCCCCGAAUGUGGCAAAAGGUUUACCAACAAAAGCGUUUUAAAAAACCACAUGGUCACGCACACCAAGGAGAAGCUUUUUGUCUGCACGGUUUGCAAUAAAAGAUUCUCCUUAAAGCAUCACAUGAAGAGACACAUGAGAGUGCACUCAGGGGAGAAAGCCUUUUUCCCCUGCUUCAUUUGCCAUAAAAGAUUCCGAGACGAGGCGGCCAUGAAGGAGCACGUGAGAACACACGCCGCGGACAAACCUUUGACCUCCGGCAGCUCGAGUAAACAACAAGCAGAAGCGGAUGACUUAGCGGCGCUGUCAGACAUGGACUACGCGAUGUCGCAAUCGUCCGACACGGAUCACAGCGACGGCGGCAAGGGAGGUAAAAAGACGCCGGGCGGCAAUAUGACCUACCGCACAGAAACCAAACUAUACAUUGGCGACAUGACCUAUCACGCUGAAACCAAACUCUACAUUUGCUCCGGAUGCGGCAAGACGUUCACCAACAAAAGCGUUUUACGAAAUCACAUGGUGACGCACACCGGAGAGAAACCUUUCGCUUGCCCGGUUUGUGAUAAAAGAUUCUCCUUCAAGCAGAAUAUGAGGAGACACAUGGGCCUACACACGGGGGAGAAACCCCAUUCCUGCGCCUUUUGCAGUAAGAGAUUCUACGAUAAGUUUGAAAUGAAGAGACACAUGUUGACGCACACGUCAGAGAAGCCUUUCAGGUGUUCGCUCUGCGCCGAAAGUUUCUCCCGCAGAUCACAUUUCCGAAUGCACAUGAAAAAGCACGCGGCGGAGAAACCUUUCGCCCCCAGCAGCUCAAGUCAACACGUGCCGACAGAAGCGGACGGAGAACGCGGUGAAUAUCUGGCAGUCAAUUCGGCCCCACUGUCGGAUACGGAAGACAUGAUGUCACGGUCGUCCGAGGCCGACCGCAGCGACGACUUCCAAGAACCAUCGGAGACUCUUAAGAACUUUGAAGGCGACGUGACGCAUCCUUCCGACAGCAAACAAUUGAACUGUACCUUAUGUGAGAAGAUGUUUGCCAACAAAGGAAGUUUGAAAACGCACAUGUUGACGCACACCGGAGAGAAACCUUUCGCCUGCUCCGUUUGCAAUAAACGCUUCUCCAUCAAGCAGAACAUGAAGCGGCACAUGGCGAUACACACGGGGGAGAAACCCUACUCCUGCUCCGUCUGCAAUAAAAGAUUCUACGUGGAGUUCGAAAUGAAACGCCACAAGCGGAUACACGCCUCCGAGAAACCUUUCGCCUUCGCUUUGCGCCAAAAGCUUCUCGUGUAGCAAUUACCUCACGCUGCACAUGAGCACGCACACGUGGGAGAAACCCUUCGUGUGCGCCCAAAACUUCUCAGACAACACAUGAGAAUAUACGCCACAGAGAAACCUUUCACGUGUUCCGUUUGCUCGAAAGGAUUCUCGAGUCGCUCGUAUCUCCGUAUACACAUGAGCAGCCUGCGCACGGAAGAGAAACUUUUCACCUGUUCCUUCUGCGAGAAAUGUUUUUCCUGUCGACCGCAUUUCAGAAAGCUUAACUUAAAUUUGAUUCAUUGUUCUGCCUGAGUUUGAGGUAUCGCCUGGCGCACUGAGUGGAAAUUGAAGUGCCUGGUUUGAAGUUUGGCAAAUGUAGCGCGACAGCAGCAGGUAUUCUGCUUUGAGUUGAAAAAAAGUUGUCAUUCGAUAAAAAUCAUAAAUAUGUUAUGACUAACAAAAUAAAAAAUGUUUGAACUUUGAA